AUGGAAGAUUCUUCAAAGUUAAGGAACAUAAUAUCAAGAACAUGUGUGUCGUAUCCUGCCAAGAUUUCGUUGAGCGAUCAGAUGGCUGAAGAAGAGAAAUCUCUGCUCUUUUACUUGAAUACAUUUUAUGAACUUCCCAAAAAAUGUUUUAUUCUUCAAAGACCGGAAAUUUGUCUUCAUGAUUGUGAAGAGGCAUGA